AUGAAUCAGGAUAACACACCUGAUGUUUCAAGUCAAUCAGAAGAUAUCUUACAUAAAAUAGAAGAUCUUGCCAAUAGUGAUGAUUUCUUUGCUACUUACGAAUUCCUUGAUGAACUUUCAGAAAAAGGAAAUCAUGAAAUGUUUGUAAAAGCUUGUGAAGCAGGACUUUGUGAUUGCGAGAUCUUUUAUGUACGAACUAAUAUCCUUAUUCAGGCCUGUUCCAAUGGAAAUUUCAGACUUGCCAAAGAUCUCGUAGAUUACGGUUGCAACAUUAAAUCAAAGGAUAUGUAUGGACAAUCUCCGCUGACAGUAGCUUCAGCAGCUGGUGCUCUUGAAAUUGUUAAAUAUCUCAUAUCUGCUGGAGCUGAUAAAGAAAUAGGGGAUUUAUCUGGAAACACUCCGCUCAUAAAUGCAUCAAGAAAUGAUCAACUUGAAGUUGUUAAAUAUCUGAUCUCUAUUGGUGCUGAUAAAGAAGUAGGUGGUUAUAGAACUCCACUCUUUUCAGCCUUAGAAAAUAAUCACCCUGAAGUUGUUCAAUACCUCAUCUCAGUUGGAGCUAAUAUAAAAUUACUCAACAGUAAUGGAUAUUCACUACUAAUGUAUGCAUCAUGCAAUGGUUAUACUGAAAUUGUCAAAUGCCUUAUUGAUGCUGGAGCUACCCUAAAGUUUUUGUUAUUGGAAUCUGACACGCCCGUAAAUUUUUAUAAAAGCUCAUUAAUACAGCUCCCUGAUUGGAGACAUUCUUUGUGA